CCUCCAGGUUUUGGCAAAUCUGAAGUGGCCAUACAAGUGGGACGUGAGCUGGUUUCACAGGGAAAGAUAGAUGUGUUCUAUAUUACCCUCAAGAGUAUGAGGUCAUUAAAUAGCAUGGUAAACUCCCUCCUGGGAGCUCUUCAAAUUUUGAGCGGCACAGAUCCAAUCCAGCAAGUAAAGAACUGUCUUCGCACUCUAUCAAAUCACACCAUCAUCAUUUUAGACGACGUGGACGACAUGUUACUUCCUGAAAAGAAAGAUGCAUUUUGCAAUUUCGUGAAGUCUGUGGCCCAAACUGCUUCUCGUGUUAAGUUCAUGAUCACAUCCCGCCAAGUAAUAGACUUUUUAUCUGUCAAUAAGUUACCAGUCUGCUUGGACUCUCUUUGUCCAGACCACGCCAAAGAGUUGCUUCUGACGCUGGAGUCAAGAGUAUCAGAGGAAGAUGCGGAACAAUUGGCCCAUUACUGCGGUGGAGUGCCGUUAGUUCUACGCACCACAGCUGCUGUUUUAGCGAAAGGAAUUGAUGCUAAAGCUCUAAUAAGC